AUGUCCCCGCCAUCUCUCUGGACGGAGGAGGAGAGAGCGUAUCUCUCCACCUUCUGCGUCGAAUAUGUUAAUACUGGCAGCGACAAGAAAGCCUUCUACACGAACGUAUGGGGCCUGUUUCUUCGCAAGUUCCCUGUGAUGCCUACCGAGGACGAGAUACUUGCGAACGGUGGAGAUGUGACCAAGGCGUUCAAGUCAGCCGCUUGUGCUGAACGUCGUGCAAAGCGACUCGCGUCGGCAACUUACUGGUUCCAGAACAAUGCAGCACGCAUUGCUGCCUCGCUUGUACCGGGUCUUGCCGCCCCUGUACGCGUGCGAAUGCUCGAUCUCUCCAACAAAGAGAAGAGAAAGCCUCAGCUCCCCCAUGCAUGGCUGCGCCUUUUCUACCAUAAACCCGAGGUUCAGGCCGCGUUCAAUGUAGAGUGGAAGAAUGCGACCGACGCUGGGUGGUCGGUGAAGAGGCAGGCAGCGCUUCGCAACAAGUGGGCGACCGACCAGUACCAUGCGGCAGACACCGAAACGAAGGCGCUGGUGGAUGAGUACCAUGAGAAAGGAUACCUCAAGGAUGACACGGAACGCUACAUUGACGUUGAGGACGGCGACGACGACGACAUGAUUCGUGCGAAGCAAGUUCAAGAGUAUCUCGAUAAUCUGCCGCACACGUUGCGACGCGUCGCGGAGAGCCUCCACAAGCAAACGGGAUGGCAUUUCAGUAUUACCUGUGGAGGGCGCCUACCUCGUGCCGGCGGGGAUGUCAAUACUAUGCAUUUGUCCAUUGGGAGGUGCAAGCAGGGAUUGGAGUUUUCAUCCUGGAACUCCGACCAAAAGACAGAUGUUGCCAACUUUCGAAAGUUCUGCGAGGAAACUUGGUCAAAAGACGAAUGUCUCGCGAUGAGUCUUACUCGGACUCAACCAGUCACGGUGGCGCCCAUCACUUCAACUUCGGCGUCGACACCUCACGAUAUCGACAACUCCGCGAUCGAUCCUGAACUGAUGAACAUGAACCUGAUCAGCGAUGGGGUAUCCAUAGAUGGCAUUAGCCCCGCGGCCAUUGCCGCUGCAGCGUCUCUGGCAGAACCCCUUGGUUCCUCGACAGGCAAGGGUGCCCCUUCGAAGAAGCGUCGCAAGGCACAGAAAGUCGCCGCGAAUCACAAAAAAGCGAAAUCUCGUCGCGAUGCAUUGCUUCUCUCAGAAGCCGAGAGCUUCGCCUUCCCAGAAUCUUCCUCGCCUCCCGUCGUGCCCCAAGCCGUGCCUCCUCCCGUCGCGUUUCAAGUCGUGCCUCCUCCCAUCGCGUCUCAAGCCGUGCCUCCUCCAGUCGCGCCGCCUCCCGUCGCGCCCCAAGUCGCGCCCCCUCCUAUCGCGCAUCAAGCCGUGCCGCCUCCAGUCGCACCCCAAAUCGUGCCUCCUCCCGUCGCGUCUCAAGCGGCGCCGCCUCCAGUCGCGCCGCAAGCCGCGCCUCCUCCCGUCGCGUCUCAAGCGGCGCCGCCUCCAGUCGCGCCGCAAGCCGCGCCUCAUCCCGUCGCGUCUCAAGUCGCGCUGCCUCCCGUCGUGCCCCAAGCCACGCCGCCUCCCGUCGCGCCCCAAGUCGUGCCUCCUUCCGUCGCGCCUCAAGCCGUGCUUCCUCCCGUCGCGCCUCAAGCUGCACCACCUCCAGUUGCCCUCGCAGCCGCUCUGCAUCCAGUCCCCCUCACAGUCUCUCCGCCUUCCGUGAUGCCCCCUGCAGCAGCGCCAUCCUCGGUUAUGCCAUCCAUCGCAGUGAUACGAAAACGGCCUGGCUCAUCCCCAGCACCUAGUGAUGGAUUGGUUCACCUGGACACGGAUGACGAGGAGGGGAAAGAGGAUGAGGGGCCAAUUGGUGUUAGCAUGGACGAUCUGGACGCAGAGGAGCGACUCGAGCAGAAAAACACUGCGGCCGCCAAGAAACGGGCUGCCCCUAUCCGAGGCGACUCUAGGCGCAACUCAAAGGCUGACAUGCCUGCGGUUAUCUCUACGCGCAAGUCUAGCCGUGUCCGCAAAGUGUCAACGAAGCUCGCGGGCUCCGAAGGAAGUGCACUGGAUACGACUCUUCCCAUCGUCGAACUCGUCGCGCAAGUGGAGGCGGACAACAGCCUCCCAGAUUAUUUCACGGAUGCCGUGAAGUUCAUGGGGUCUCGAGGCUACGGUUGUCACGGCGAAUUUCUGGAAAUGCUGAAGGCCUUCGUCGUCUUUGAAAACAAAUUUCAGUUCAUCGAACGGAAGACUCGUACUAAGGUGGCAAACCGACCUGGUAUCAUCAAAACAUGGAUGACCGGUGAAAAUCGUGAGUUCGAUGAGAUGAAAUCUGACAACCCUGUACAAGAUACGGUCGGAUGGUUCCUUUGGUGGGCGACCCUUCAGCCAAAGUGGCAUCAAGCCGCGAUGCCUCAUUCCCGCACUCCCCCGCCGGAUGCUCGGGGAUUUCCCGAGCUGAAGAACGGUCGACUUGGCGUCGUCACGGUCGUUGCUUCGCUCGUGUGCCUUUACUUCUCCACCGAGGAGCCAGCGCUCCGUCAGAAGCUUGCCGAAGGUGCUAGUGACGUAUGCUGGGCGCUGACGGUAGCUGCAACUGGUGUUACUGCAAACGAAGACGAGGAAGACCAGCCUGCACGCAAGCGCCCCCGCCUGUAG